GUCACAUGUUGUUUUUCUCCUGCAUCAGAGCAGUCACUGGUCUACGCGCACUGCUCUGUUGUUGUUGUUGUUUUAUUUUUUUUUUACCGCAGCGGGCACACUCGUCCGCGGAGAACUAAAUUAAACGGGUUGGACGUCUUCUUUCUACUCCGAGUGUUUUUGUGCUCCUUAUCCUGGAGAGAUGGCGAGUCCUCCAGCGACGGGGGGACACCUGUUAGCGAAUGGGACGAGUGACGUGAAGAAGUACGGCUACCUGAGGAAGCAGAAACACGGGCACAGGCGCUUUUUCGUGCUCCGGGAGCCCACGGAGCGCAGCCCCGCACGCCUGGAGUAUUAUGAGAGCGAGAAGAAAUGGAGAAACAAGUCCGCCGCCAAGCGCGUCAUAACUUUGGACUCCUGUCUGUGCGUAAACAAGCGCGCCGACGCCAAACACAAGCACCUCAUCGCCCUCUACACCAAGGACGAAUACUUUGCUGUGGCUGCAGACAACGAGCAGGACCAGGAGAGCUGGUACGACGUUCUGACUGAUCUAAUAGCAGAGAGCAAAGUGUUUGACAGCCCUGCUUCCACAUCCUCCUUAGUGGGCUUUGAGGAGACCACCUACGGACAGCUUGCCCCUGCAACAGCUGCCUAUAAGGAGGUGUGGCAGGUCAACUUGAAAUCCAGGGGCUUGGGUCAGAUUAAAAACCUCACCGGGGUGUACCGGCUGUGUUUAUCGAGCCGGAACAUCAGCUUCGUCAAGCUGAACUCCGAAACGGCAGCCGUCAAUCUCCAACUCAUGAACAUCAGGAGAUGUGGCCACUCGGACAGCUUCUUCUUCAUAGAGGUGGGUAGGUCGGCGGUCACAGGGCCAGGGGAGUUCUGGAUGCAGGCAGAGGACUCGGUCGUUGCACAGAACAUCCACGAGACCAUCCUGGAGGCGAUGAAGGCCAUGAAGGAGCUCUCAGAGUUUAGACCGAGGAGCAAAAGCCAGUCGGCUAGCACCAACCCCAUCUCUGUGCCCACCCGGCGCAACCUCAACAACCUCCCUCCGAGUCAGACGGGCUUGGUGAGAAGAUCCAGGACAGACAGCAUGGCCGCCACGUCCCCAGGGAGGAAGUUCACGUCCUGUCGGAUAAGGACGGCCAGCGAGGGAGAUGGGAGCGUUACCCGGCCCGUGUCCAUGUCCAUACCAGUCAGUGGGAGUCCCACCAGUCCCAAUUCUGGGAAUCACCUCAUGAGGUCUCACACCGUCAGCAACGGGCGGACCUGCAGAAUGCUGGAGUCUGCGUCCAAUCUCCAUCACAGUCGUUCAAUGCCAGUAUCUAACUCUCCGCCUGCCGCCUCCAGCCCCAUCAGUGUGUCUCCCAGAGGAGGAGCGAGAGUCUCGACCCCAGACAAAGCCAGGCACCCCUUCAGCUGCAGUGCCUCCAUAUCUGGCUCCAUCAGUGACACUGGCUUCCUUCUCUGUGACGAUUACAGCUGUAGCCCAGGUGAGCCCAAGUUUCUCACUCUGACGCGCAGUGGCACUCCCGACUCCCUGUCCAGCACCCCUCCAUCCCGUGACCUGAGCGACCCCUGUGGCUACAUGCUGAUGGAGAGUGCCAACGGCAGCAAGUCCACCUGUGGCCUCGAGGGUCAGCUCUUUGACAAGGCAUACAGGAAGCGAACGCACUCCCUCACCACCCCACGGCAACAGAAAGUGGUGACCCCGUUGUCCUCGGCUUCCUUGGACGAGUACACCCUCAUGAGGAUGGCCCACGGACAAAACUCCCACUCUGCUUCACCCAAAGUGUGCUAUCCCGAGGAUUACGGGGACAUAGAAAUCGGUUCGUCCAGAAGCUCCAGUAGCAACCUUGGCGAUGAUGGCUACCUGCCCAUGACGCCAGGCGUAGCCCCUCAGUCUGGCAAGACGGAUAACUACGUGCCCAUGAGCCCCAUGUGCGUCUCCGCACCAAAGCAGAUAGUCAACCCCAGGGUGCACCCUCAGGUAACCCCCAACGGCGGCUACAAGGCGAACUCCCCCUGCAGCAGCUCUCUGGAAGACAGUGGCUACAUGAGAAUGUGGUGCGGCUCCAAAUCCUCUAUGGACAGCCCUGACAGAAGCGGCGAAUACAUGAACAUGUCACCUGGAAACCCGCCCCCUCUGCAGACCCCUCCUGAUUACUACCUAAGCCCGCUCGCUGGGGAACCAGCAACAAUCAGGCCAGCUUACCAGACGGGCUCCCUCGCCCAGCCUCCAAAGCUCCAGUCAUCCAAGGAUGAAGACGGCGGCCAGUAUGUGUUGAUGAGCCCACAGAGUUCACGGCAGAGGUCCGGGGAGUCCAACUAUUAUUCAGUAAUGCAGUCAUGUGCAGUUCAAACAUCACCGCUGAGCCCCUCAGCGCCCUCCCCUGUCAGGCAUCAUCGAGCAGAGAAUCUGUCUUACAGAGGGAGGCUGGGGAGACCCAACAGGCUGUCUCUAGACACCCUGAGGACCCUGCCCAGCAUGAACGAGCAUCCCCUUCCCUUAGAGCCCCGCAGCCCCGGUGAGUACAUCAACAUCGACUUCAGCGGAAACAGAUCCUCCCCGCCGUCCACCGUAUCCACGGAGAGCCAGUCUUCAUCUCUGGGGUCCAGCGGCGGGGGCCCGGGGAGGUCAUCUCUGUCCGACUACAUGAACCUGGAGCUGGGCUCACACUCACCCAAGGGGGCCGACACUGCUGCCGAGCGACUGGACACUCUGCCGGAGCAUUCCUCGUGCCCCUGCACCGAGGAGGAUGUAGUCUACCGUGUGGAAGGCGAGAAAAGCUUCGAGGACGAGGCGAAAAACGACUACACCGAGAUGACAUUCGAGAUGACUAGCUCACCCCCACAGCUUGUUCCUCAGAACUCAAGCAGCCAGAGCUGCAGGGAGCGGAGGCUAUCGCUCGAGGACCAAGACGUUCCCGAAAGGAUCGGGGUCUUCCUGCUUGGAGCAGCGACUUCCUCGCCCGUGGACCCGGACCGCUCUGCCAAGGUCAUCCGGGCCAAUCCGCAGGGGCGCCGGCGCCACAGUUCGGAAACCUUCUCCUCCACGGCCACCGUGACGCCGGUCUUUCCCUCUUUCGCGCGCGCCGACGCCGUCAAGAGGCCCAGCUCGGUGGAGAACAUCUCGUCGCGCAGCAGCGAGGGUUCCGACGACGAGUACGGCAGUCCCGUGAACCGCCACGGCUCGGCCGGCUUCUCCAACGGGCUGAACUACAUCGCCUUGAACCUGCUGGACAACAGGGACGUGGAGAAGUGCGGGGACCUGGUUGGCUUUAAACCCACACGCAGCUGCAAAGGGGGCAUCAAUGGAUUACACAGCACACCUUAUGUCUGUUUGGGUUUCAAGGAGACUGCAACCACUGCCAAAGACUGAAGAACGUUGUCCUCAGGUUUGGCGUCUUGACCUGCUGCUCGAAACAAAAACAAGCAAACAAACAAAAAAAAAAAAAAAAGACUUUGCCCUUCCGCUGGGCUCUGUGACCCGAAAAGACUGUGUGGACCCAUCAGCAUCAGAAGCCGCCAGCUUGCACACACGCUAGGAAAAAAAAAAAAAAAAAAAAAAAGCAGGUCACCAUCUUUACAUGCAGUGCAUCGCUGAAGGCACUACAGGUGUGUGAGAUAGACGUUAUGCCGGAUGUGUGUUGGUACGUUCCCUGCACUUUGAGAGGCCAUUUCUCCUGUGACCUAAAUUUUGGCACAAGCACAGAAGCGAAGAUAGUCAGAUAAUUGCAAAGCUCUGAUGGUAACUAGAUACCAUUUAUUUACUUUAGGGUAGUUUUUGUCAGUGUGGCGGCGCUUGUUUCUCUGCCAGAGUACGAGCAACAAGUGUGUCAGUGAACCAUAAAAGCUGCUACAUGCUGUAGGGACGGAAUACCAAGGUACACUGAGUAAAUUGAAAUAUAUCUAUAUAUAAAUAUAUAUAUAUACACAAUAUACAUUAGACAUUUUAUUUAUUUUUGGAUGAUGAAUGUCUGAUAAGACCUACCCAAUGCCUUAAUGUAUAUACUGUCCUUGUUUUCUAUGAAAUAAUAGAUGAAUAUUCUAUCUCUAAUAUUCUAUUAGGGUAUAUUUAUUUAGACCUACAUCUCUAUAUUGUUAUCUUGUGGAAAGCAAAAUACAUAGUUUACCAUUAAAAUAAAUUAUUUCUGAAAUGUACAGAACCAGUUUGGCUGCUUGAGAUCUGAUUUAUUCUAUUAAUAUUGAAAUAUUUUCUUAAUGAAUAAUUUCUUAUUCAUUUGAACCCAUUUUUUUUUUCGUCCUAUAAAAGAUUUUGGACUUGUGAAAAUAUAUUUCUAAAUGUCCGUAAAUGUUAUGCAUGUCUUUGUAACUCAGCUCUGACCCUAAAAAAACACCAGGCACUGUACCUCCCACAGUUCCUCAGUCACUUGAGCCUGAAAACCUCACACACUCCUACCUUCAAACCAAAGGCUUGUUGUUCUGAUCGGCACAGGCCACCCUGCUGUGAUAUCAUUUGACUGUACAACUGUAAAGUUGAGAUGAUAAGAGGGGUAGCGCUAAUACAAACUGAACUUUGUAAAAGAUUGGGGGCACGGUCUUGGAUCAAGAUAAAGGCGAAAACAUAACUUAAAAGUAAUACAGUUGCAUCUGGCACCAUUAUGGAGGAGAAGAAUCUAACAAAAUACUAAUGUGGCCAUUGAAAACAAAGCUGUUGAUUGAUUAGUAAUAAAAGUGAAAGGACAUAGAGUACUUCCAUGUAAUUAUUACAUUAACAAUACCCAGCUAAUGAGUGUUGGUCAUUUUGCUUUGGUUGUUUUGUACCCGAAAAUGGCGGCUAUGAAACAAUAGAAAGAGAGAUGUCCACCACAAGAAGUUUCAUACCAGUAAUUCUUCAGUUUGUACCCACAUCAGAGAAGUUCAGUAGAUACUUUUACUACUGAUGAUUUAAAGUAAUGCAUUUUAAUUUGCUAGUCAUCUAAAGUAAUGAAGUGUGGUUAUGUUACUUGAAUAACUCAUAUGUACCACCAGUAGGUCAUUAAUAAUUUUAUGGUUUAGGCUAAUCACUUCAUAGUUCAUCUUGUUUCAUAAGAGGCACCGGAACCGCAAUCAAUGGAAAGAUGGUGUGCUAGAAAAUCUAUAUAAAUCACUGAAAAACUUAAAAACCAAUAGACGUAGACUAGAAAUGGAAGGAGUUACAGAUGAAAUGACAAUGUGUAGGUACGAAUUGGCAAAGGUGUGAAUUAGCCUUUACCCUUUGCUAAAAUACCAAUUGUUAGCUAACAGCUGUUAAACUCUGGACUGUAAUGAAAUGAACUUAACAUUUUCUCUCUUUUAAGCUAUAAGGUAGAAAAAUCAAUGUUUUUUUUUUUGCUGGUACAAAAUAGAAAGGAAUUUGCAACACAUGGGUACGAAAUGGGGGAAAUAUUGGCGUAUUAACUUGGAGCCUUUGCUAACAUCAAUUGUUAGCUAAAAACUCAACAAAACCCUUCACUGUAAUGAAAUGAGCUUCAUAAUAUUUCCUUGCUAAUAAGCUAUUAGUUUAAAAAUAUAUCUAAAGAGAAACGUUUCACAUGGAUGAAUGCUAACAUGUAGCAUAUAGCAAACUGCCUCAGUACACUGCUGUAAACCUGUCACAACUUUGCUAACAAUAGCUAACGUUAGCUGCUAUAAGCUACUAGGUUAUACUAGUAAAUGUGAAAACUGUGUCUUUCAUUGAUGAGUGCCGUAUUACACUGAUGAGUUUUCAUUCAGUCACAUAAACGCACAUUAUUUGACUUGUUUUAAAUUAAAAAAGAAACAAUGGCAGAAUUUCAAAUAAACAAUCCUCCAAAAUGGCCGCCCGGGUAGGACUAUUAAAAAAACAGUUUUUGUUGCCAUUUAUUAUGACUGCUGUCUUUGGCUGUCAUCUGUGCCGAUCCCAACUGGCUCCAAACCCCUUUGGUGUACAGUAGAUUGUAAAACUUUUACAUGUCUGAAUGUAUCGCUGAUUUUGCGGGACCACCGCAGAUUUUAAAGGGUUUUGAAAGUGUUAAAUAAUAUUGGAGUUGUACCAAGCUAACUUAUGGUAUAUAUUUAUCUUUAGAGUUUUUAAUCUGUGUAUAUAUAUAUUGUGUAAAUAGAAAAGAGUUUACCUGAAAAUAGUGUAUACACAGAGUUCUUAGAUUUGACCUAGGUUGCAUUGCUUUUCCUGUGUAAAGAAUAUUGCUACAGAUUUUUAAAAGGAGAGGGGGUUGCUUUGGGGCUGUACAGUGUAUUUUAUGCUUUUCUCCCUCGCAGUCUCUGAUUAUAUGACACAAAACAAAAUCUUGGUUUAUUUUAUUAUAGAGAUCUAUUUGCCUUGUUGACACACUUUACCUAAUGGCAUAUGCAAUAGUUAAAUGAAUCAAAAAUAGUUUACAACUCUGGAACCAAAUGUAACAUUGCAUUAAUCUUUUUUUUUUUUCAUUAAACAGGAGCUGUUUUGCUCUUUGUAUAUUUUGUCUUUCUGCCAAGAGUUUUUCAUUGCUGGGAAUUUUGUUCUUGACAUGUCUGAAAGCGAUUUUCCCAUUUCUGUCUGAACAGAUUGUUCUUUACUUGGAUUGACUCAGUCUGAAUGUGUUGUCUUCCAUUGUACAUAGUUGGAUAUCUUGUUUAUUGUGACGCUCACAAGAUGAAUAUGAUUUAUAAAUUCUGGUAGUCAAGUAUUGCUUUUGUCUGUAUUAAUUAUGGAUAGCAACCAACAUAAAUAAAAUAAAUUAUUUAAAGAGU